UCCUCAGUUCCUCGCGUUCCUCGUCCCUUCCGCUCUUCCUUUCCUUCCACAGGCGCCGCCGGCCGACGAUGGGCGCAUCACGCCGCUCACGGACUCCCGCCGCCGCCGCCUCCCGUGCUACCCCAAGAAUGCAGCACGCCCGAUGUCGCCGCGCGCAUCUCGCCGCUCGUGGCCUCCCACCUCUGCGGCCGCCGCCGGCCAGGAAUCUCACCCUCACGGCCUCACCGGUCGCCGCCGCUCCGCGCAUCUCGGCGUACCCGCCUUCGGCCGCUGAUUUCUCCCCUGGGCUAGCUCGCGACCCGAACCGAGCUGGGCUCGAGCCCAAGACGAGCCAGCCCAGGUGGCUCGCCGGCAGCCUCGGACCGGAUCGGCGCGUCGACGGCGAGCGCGGGCCGAGCCCGGCUCGGCUCCUUCCCUCACAGCCCGCAUCGAUCAGUCAACUCUACUUCCUCCCGUGCUUGUAGGCACAACCUUGGACUCUGUUGAUUUGGACAUGAGACGCUGCGACAACAAGUGUCAGUAUCAGCUUUUACAUGUGCAAAUUCUUCUUGACCGAUUCACCGACGUGGGGCACAAAUGUAUUCAAUCAAAUCGAGAUGGGUUUCCAUGUCCUUUAUAAACCUAACCAGUUUUUCCCACCUCGACAUAAAAGAAAGAAGGGAACCUCAUGGAGCAUGGUACUAGAAUUGUUAGCUGCAAGGAUGAAUGCCUGUUCAUGUGCUCUAAUCUUUACAAUGCAGCCUUCGAAGGCCACACACAUAAGGUCACCGGCCUCCUCGAAGGAAACAUCAGCCACUCACUGCAAGCUGGUCAUCACCAUGGGCAGCAUGGAUCCAGAUCAAGCUGUAGUGCCAAGGAGGUGACUGGAGAGCUGAACACCCUUCUACACAUUGCCGCAGGGCAGGGCCACUGCGCCCUCAUCGUGGAGCUCUGCCGCCGGGACAGCUCCCUCCUCUGCUCCGUGAACAAGUCGUUGGAGACGCCGCUGCAUGGCGCGGCCAGGGCCGGCCAUGCCGAUGCCAUGGAUGCCAUUGUCCGGUCGGCCAGUGGAGAUGAUAGCGUGGAAGAAGGAAGGCUCCGCGGGGUUCUCUGCUGGAGGAACGAUGCCGGGGACACGGCUCUGCACCUGGCCGCGAGGCAUGGCCAUGGCGCAGCGGUGGAGAGGCUCGUGAGGCUUGCGCCAGAGAUGGUGGCAGAGCUGGAUGGCGCCGGCGUGUCGCCUCUCUACCUCGCGGUCAUGAGCAGGUCGGUUGACGCUGUCCGGGAAAUCAUUGCCUCGGAGGGCGAUGCUUCGGUUUCUGGGCCGGAUUCACAAAAUGCUCUGCACGCCGCUGUUCUCCAAAGUUCAGAAAUGGUUUCUUUGCUUUUGCGAUGGAGGCCAGAACUUGCUAGCAACCUGGACAUAAACAAGAGCAGCCCACUCCAUUUUGCGUCAUCUGACGGUGAUUGCUCAAUCGUCAAAGCGAUCUUGAACCAUUCAGCACCUAGCACUGCAUACCUGCAGGAUAGCGAUGGCCUCUCAGCUUUGCACGCUGCAGCACGGAUGGGCCAUGUAGCUGCUGUCCGUCUGUUGCUGCAGUUCUACCCUGCUUGUGCAGAUAUUCGUGAUAACCAGGGCAAAAGCUUUCUGCACGCGGCGGCUAUGAAUGGCCACUCUUCCGUCGUGUCAUAUGCUAUAAAGAACAGGAUGCUGGAACAUCUCUUGAACACACAAGACAAGGAAGGGAAUACGCCGCUCCAUUUGUCUGUGGUUGCAGGAGAGCACAAGGUUAUCUCCAAGUUGUUAUCGAGUGGAAAAGUGCAAGGCCACAUUAUGAACAAUUCUGGCCGUACCCCGCUUGACCUUGUACAGAGUUCAACAGGUUUCUCCUCAAUGGUAAGGCUAGUGGUGAAAUUAUAUGUCUCUGGAGCACAAUUCAAGCCACAGAGGCAAGACCAUAUUCAAAAGUGGAACGGUCAAGACAUCAUGAAAUGGCGAGAGAAAAUAUCGAACAACCUCGCGGUUGUUUCCACACUCGUGGCGACCGUCGCCUUCUCGGCAGCGUUUAACGUGCCUGGAUCAUAUGGAUCUGAUGGAAAGGCAAAUCUGAGUGGAGAUUGGUUGUAUGAUGCCUUCCUCGUGCUGGACACCAUUGCCGUGACCACUUCUGUGGUUGCAACGAUACUGUUGAUAAACGGGAGAGCUUCGCGCUCUCAUCGCUCAUGGAUCGGGUUCAUGGUUUCGUUGCACUUUCUUUGGCUCUCACUGAAUAGCAUGAUGCUAGGCUUCUUUGCGGCUAUAGUCGCGGUGAUGAGCCACAAGAAUCCCAUGAAUAUUGCAUUGUCUCAGCUUAUAUACUAUGGGUUGUACAUCUUGAUAACGUUGCUUGGAAUCCUUGCAACACCUGGAUCUCUUAUAGGCAUUUUGCGAUUUCUGGUAGGCAGUUGCUUCCAAAGGCGGCGGCGUGUCAAGAGGCGCAUAGGUCGACAAUUUCCCUUUGUCAUGUUUUAUGCUAUCAAUGUGGUUGUGUUUAUUGUCAUAAAUAUUGCAUCACUCUCUGCAAUAAAUGUCAUUGGUAGGUUAUCUACAAAGAAAUAAAAACGAUAUCUUAUCCGUUAUUGACUCA